AUGGCAAGACACUCAAGACUGCUAUCUGGCAAUGGGAUCGUCUUAUUCUUGCAGUUCUUGACGUACUUUUCUGACACUGGUUCUGCUGCCGAUACACGCAAGACCUCGUGCUUUCUCGAAGUAAGUACAGUGCUAUUGAACAAGUAUGUGCAAAAGGCAAGCAUUUGGGACGAAGAAAAACUUACGAAGAAAUCGGAUAAGGAGAGUUAUGAAGAAGCUGAUAAGGAAGAGGGCGUGAACGAAGGGAAGUACCUCUUCCAGAUGGAGGCUUGUCAAUGCUAUUGCUGUUUAUACGACGUGCAAAUUCUGCCUGGAUGCCAAGAUCACAAAUGA